AUGGAGAGCUCAGGUUUCAACUCAGAGGCGCAAACCUACAGUUCCAACCUCGACUACACUCUCAAGGAACUCCAAAAGAAGGUCAAAGACCACGAACUCGAGCUAGCCAAGCUCAAGGCACGUCACGGGGGUGUAAUCAGUUCCCCUGCGGUCCAGGUUCAAGUGAUCAACAAUGCGCUUGAGACUGCGACGAAUUCAGAGCCGUUCAUGCCUUUCCCGGGUUCGGUUCUCCCGGCCUUGCUGGCGCUGCGCAAGACUCACGAGACGAUCAACGAGUCCAGAGCAUACUUAGCUUCUCAGAGCGCGGUCGCGGAUGGCGAGAAGCGAGAGCUGGAAUCGGAACUCACUCGUUUGAAGGACCAGAGUCUCCUCACCGAGGCGCUGGACACGCGGAUCAAGUCUCUUGAACAGGAGCUCACCUCGACGACGGAGACGGAUCCAGAGGAUGGUCUUAGGGAGCGGCAGGAGGAGCUUCAGCAGAAGAAGAAGCGCUACGACGUGGAAAGCAAGCAACUUUUUAAAUCACUUCGGCAGUUCAUUGAUGAGCACCUGGCGCCGAUGUUGGCGGCCGAAGACCUGGGAGGCCCUAUCGUGGGCGACAUGAUGGACAUUGACCAAGAAGAUCUGGAGUCUGGCUUUAAUGCCCAGGGCAAGCCAAAACGCGCCAAAGCCGGUGAUGGCGUGGAGAAGGGGCAAAGGCGCCUUGAUGAGAUUUGGGGCGAUGGCGGGGAGGGGAGGCAAGAUCGCGACAGUGAAGACAAGACUGCUGCUGCGGGCAGUGAGAUGAAGCAGCUUCUACAAGCACUCGUGCAGCAGCUCGACGAGGCCAAGGGGGACAAUUCGCGAUCAUACGUGAAACUGGCUCGGGAGUCAGCGGCUGCAAGAUUUCUAGUGAGGUCACAAGUGGCACAGUUCCAUCCCAAGGAUGCCUCUAGGCUAAGGCUGGUAGAUUUCGGGAGGGAGCUUGACGCAUGA